AUGACAGCAACGUCAAGAACGUCCCCACGUGCAUUACGCGCUGCUCGACGUGGAGAUGCGUCGCAGCUACACGAGCAGCAACACAAGGAGCUGGUGGGACGGGAGGGAAUAGCAGCACCUGUGGAGGUGGCGGAGGAACAGGAGACGUCAGGGGGCGAGGCUGCUGCGGCCGCGGCGGCAGUGGAAAACGGCGCAACGGUGACUGAGUCGGAGGCGGCUGCGGUGGCUGAGGUUGCGGAUGCUGCGGGGCCGGAGGCGGUUGCUGCUGUUGCGACUGUGACUGGGCCGGCGGCCGUGGUGGCUCCGGUGUAUGUUGGCGGGCUUGGCGGGCUUGACGCUGCCUUUGGCGGCGGCUCAUCUGCACCCUCUGCCAUCCCCCAGGCGUUGCAACCGCAUGCAGAGGAGCCGGGACCGGCAGUGGGUCUGGAACAGACUGAGGAGGCGGUGCUGGCGGCGUCACCGGAGCCUGUAACGGCAGCUGCGCUGGCUGCGGCGGUGACAGCGGCAGCAGGGGAACAGGACGGAGACCUGGCCGAGGAGGAUGUGCCGACUGCCGCUGCGAGCGCCGAAACGUCUGCUGCUGCCGAGGGCGCAAACACGCAGGGGCACGGCCAGGGGGGGAGCGAUAGACAGGGUCACGGACCCGGCGUGGCUGCCUGCGCCGCCCGCGGGAAGGCAGGGAAGAAGCUUCGAGCCCAGCCAGCACCGAGGCGGCCCGGAGCAAGGCUGGGACCUGGUCCCCCGGGACCCCUCCUGGGCUGGCUUCUGCAAGGGCAGUUGCCACGAGCAACGCCGAUGCUGGCGCCGUGGAUCCCGGCGGGAAGACCGCAACAGGCUGGACGAGGCGAGCAGAACGCCGGCACCAGGGGUGGCGCAACGGCUCGCGGAGAGAGGGAAGGAGGACGAGGUGCCAGAGGGGGAAGAGGCGGAAGAGGCCCGAUCGUCGGCGGAAGGGUGGCGCUCGUGAGAACGGGAACGUGGCGGGAACGCCACGAGCGACCAAAGCAAGCGGAGCCACCAACGAAUCACAACGAAGAAGAUGUUGUCAACAGCGAUGAGGGGGACGACUUUGUAGCUGAAUCGGCUGAGCCAUCGGAGGAAAUCUCGUUGGAGGACGAGGAGGAUGUGCGCACGGCGAGAGGGGCUGGGGGACAGAGGAGAAACCAGAGUAACGGGGUAAACCCUCAGAUCGAUAACCCUCAGGGGACAGGAGUUAGGGACGAGGAGGUGAAUGGAGAACAGAGUGAGCCUCGUGUACGGUCGCCUUCUGACCUGGCGGAAGACCAAGCCAUCUGGCAGCAGGUGGCCACGUGUAACUUGACUCCCUUACAACGUGGGGAUCAACCGUUCCUGGUGCGCCGCAUGCCACCCCAAAUCCUACAGAGCUACACAAUCUGCAUCCUCACACCACUCCUCCGGCUGUCCAAGAUUCCGGACUGCCCAGGUGCAUGGGCGGUCCUACAGUACCUACCGAGGCUGACACUACGUCCCGCCCCCGAACCUGUUGAAGGCAGCUGA